CUUGCAGAGUAACGGUGGGAAAACGAAAGAAUAUUCGGUCUUUAUUCGUUUCUUUUGCUUUAAUUGGCUUCUGAGCUGAAAAACUGACUGUCGAGUUUAUUUACUAAUUAUCGUUCACAGAAUUCAGAAAAUCUCGGAGCUUUAUCACUGUCUUGGCUGCUCCAGUUUUUCUACAGAUUUUGGCAAUUUUAAUUUGGACAGCAGAAGCUGGAAAUGAUUAAAAGGUAUGGAGUGUUUUGAUUUGCUGAAAAUAUCAUGUUGCAGUGCAUAGCAGCAUUUAAGCAUUUAGGUGCUUCCCUACUGCGGUGUUGUGACUUUGAUUUAUACAAGCAAUCAAGAGGCCUUGAAGAUCCUGAACUUCUUGCAAGGGCGACAGUUUUUCCUCUCUAUUCAACAGAACAAUAAAACGAUUUACUGAAGAUUAUUGAUAUUUUCCUUACUUGGAUACAGUCAGUGCUAUCGGACAACUUAUGCUCUAAGCAUAUAUUUUUUACAUGAUUCGAGUGGAUGCAGUUGUGGAAGAGUUUCAAUUGGCAUUAUUCAAGACAAACAAGAAGGAGAGCCUGUUUGCUGAUCGGGUGUUUGACUUGUUUGAUACAAAGCACAAUGGAAUACUAGGUUUUGAAGAGUUUGCUCGUGCUCUCUCUGUUUUCCAUCCAAACGCCCCUAUUGAGGAUAAGAUUGAUUUUUCGUUCCAACUAUAUGAUCUAAAGCAGCAAGGUUUCAUCGAACGGCAGGAGGUGAAGCAAAUGGUAGUCGCUACACUUGCUGAAUCUGGGAUGAAUCUUUCAGAUGAUGUUAUAGAAAGUAUUAUUGACAAGACCUUUGAGGAAGCUGAUACAAAACAUGAUGGGAAGAUUGACAAGGAAGAGUGGAGAAGCCUUGUUUUGCAACAUCCAUCCCUCCUGAAGAAUAUGACCCUUCAAUACCUGAAGGACAUAACCACAACAUUCCCAAGCUUUGUGUUCCAUUCACAAGUCGAUGAUACCUAAACUUGAGAAUUGCACCGAAAUUCAGAAGGCUUUCUUAAUCAUGGUUGGUUUGUCUCUACACACUUGUGCCCUCACACGUAUGGAGGGCCCUAGUGAGUGUUUAUAUCAUUUCGAUUUUAGUUGUUUAUUGUGGAUUUUAUCCAAUGACUGGAUUUUCGCUUCACAAUAGAUGCGAGCUUAUACAGUGCGAGUUGCAGAAAUAACAGGUUUUAAUAAAGAUCUCAAUUAUUAAGGUGCA